AUGUUCAAGCUCAAGCCAUGGUCGAAACCAGAUUCAUUUACCGAGUUAAAUUACUGGACCAGGAUACUAUUUUUCGAUGUGUCUUUGUUUAUAGGAGGUAUAUCCCGGUAUAGCCGUAUAUAUGUGAUCUGUGCCUUAAUGUUUGGUCUGGUGAUCAACAUUAAGUUUAGGAUAUAUCCGGGAAAAUCUGUGCCCUCGUUCAUUAUAUACUUCAUUGUAGAAGCCGUUGAAUACAAUGAUGGUUAUAUUACCCGAUUGCGUCCGUUUCGCCAAUCAAUCGACAGACAAAUUAUUGACAAAUUAACCGCAUUUGCCAAUAAAGCAUAUAAAAUGAUGAAUGUAACUGUUUUGUGGUCCGGUAAUGAUCACGAUGACAAUAUAUUGCAUGAUGAACUCCAUUCAAAACUCAGUAGUGAUAGAAAAUUGGGCGCCGGUAUUGGUCUGAUAGCCGUUAUGACAUUUCCUAUAUUUAGCAAGGUAGCCAAGCUCAUAACAAGCGAUGGUGUAUGCGGUGACGGUUGGGAUUUAUUUCACGACGACAAUUACGAUAUAUGCUAUAAAUAUUAUGAUAAAUUGGGUGACAUUGAUACUGUGUCCACCCCAUGCUGGAAAGAAAUGGGCUCAUCCCUGCUUACCAUUAACACAUGGGCUGAGCAAGAUUAUCUCAACAAACUAAUGAUCAAAUACAACAUAUCAAACAGCGUAUGGCUUAACGCCGGCGUUAAAAACAAACACAUUGUAUGGAUGGACAGUAGUAGCGGUGAGUUUGAGAAUUGGAUAGAUGGUCACCCUAUCAACGAUAGCAACUAUGUCAAAAUGGUAGCCGAACAAGGUCAAUUGGGCAAAUGGAAAGAUGUAGCGUGCGACAAAACAAAUGCCUAUAUCUGUAAGCGAGUGGUCAAGUGGUCGGGCCGAUCGACCGGGGCAUUGGAUUGGGAACGUUUAGAUGAAGCUCUAGGUGACAUCGCUCAAUUAAAAGUGAAUCAGGGUAUACUUCAAUCGGAGCUCGCACAGUUGUCUCAAAGCCAAGUGCCGAUUGGUUUUAUAUACGUACAGUUGCCCGGCCAGGUGGAGCCCAAAACAUUGUGGCCACAAUACACAUGGUCAGAUGUGACGGCCACAUACGCGGGCCAGUUUUUCCGGGCAGAAGGGGGUGAUAGCAUCGCCUUUGGUCAGGGUAUUCAAUCAGACAAUGCACCUAGAUUAACAGAGGCAAAAUGGGACGAGGUUCACGGUGCCAUAAGUGCAGUAUAUCCUAAGCCGGGACAAUGGAGUGGUUGGUUGGAUGUGGGCAACUGGGCAAUUAACAGCCAGAAAAUAUCUAUCAACUUGCUAAUGAGUGAUGGUGAAGUGCGGCCACGUAAUCAAGCUGUUCGUUUGUUCAAGCGUAUUGAAUAA